AUGGCCUCGAUCCGCGGAUCGCGUUUGCCAGUCGGCUCGGCAUCAUGGAUCUCGGAGGAGAGAUCCGCAGCACUCCAGAUCGCCGAAGACGAAGCUGAAGAAUUCUCUUAUUCGGCUCGGAACGAGCUAGAAUGGUUAAACGAGCAUAUGACUGGUAUCUUUGACGAGAACGAGAUAAAUGUCGCCGAGAUGUUCAAGACCCCCGGAAAGCUAAGAGGAAAGACGCCUCGAGCGGUCAGGAAACAAGAGACGACAGAGGCGAGAGUGCCUCUAUCUGACAUCUUCGCCGGCACGCCCCGUGGUGUAGAUGAGUCGAACGACGACGAAGGCUCCCAUACGGAUAACUCGAGCCCGGUCAGACCGGCGAUCCGCAAGAGCAGUCUAAAUUUUGCAACUCUCCCUGCCCGCGAGCCUUUGACGACAGGAAAGAGCUUGGGCGGAAGGAUGUCCCGCACAAGCCACCUCGAUCUUCAAAGGGCUAGCUACUAUGAUCGGCCGAUGGGCGGCAAGAGCCUUGGUGGAAACACAGUUGUGUACCCGUCUGAUGGAGACGAUGACGAGAUGGACGUCGAUGAAGACGAGAAGACGCGCCUUCAGGACCGAAUUGGGAUGCUUGGCCAAUCUCAGGCCAAGCCAAGCCGGCCUUCCAAGUCUAUCGCCAACCUUGCUCCUAUUAGCACAGUUGCGACGCCCGUGUCUCCCCAACGCCCGGAACAGAAGAUGUCAACAGUCGAGUCCGCCCCCGCCGUGCCUCCCAAGGAUGCCGCUCCGAUCACAGCCACAACCAAGGGUAGUUCCGAUGGCGGACACGCGGAUUUUGUGUUGCCCAAGCAGCGACAGGCCAACAGUCGGCCCAACUCGCCUUACAAAGCACCCAUCAUCCCUGACCGGACAACAAGCACUCUCCCUCACAUGAAGUCAGCAUCGCCGAUCUCUGUCUCAAACCCUACCUUGGCAACCGUAUCAGAGUCGAGCCGCCCACCAUCUCCCAUGAAGUCUCCUUCUCGGACGCUCCGCGACAGCCCGCUGAAGCAGGUCAAGAACAAGCUUUCCUCUAUCCUCAAGAGCUCUAAGGGUCUCUUGGCUAGCAGUGCGGCUAUAAGCGCCGAGGGUAAAUCCUCGAUCCUAUCGCCAUCGACAACGCGCCUGGGAUAUUUUACAGGGGCGUCAUCGGAGUCGAUUGCCCAGCCUAACUUGGGCGAAUCCAUGUACCCGGACCUAUCGAAAGCGUUGGCCGAUGCGCAAUCGGCCUCGAGCCUAACGAGCCCUACAAAGGCCAAUGGUCGGCGGACGAGGGCGUCGGCGGAGCGAGAACGGAAGGAGAAGAUGGUGGAGAAGGAGACGCGUCGACUGGCAGAUCAGAUGGGUAAGCUUGAGAAAGAGCGGGAAAAGGAACGGGAAAAGGCUCGCGUGUUUAGCAAGGAGCAGGAGAGGAUCGCCGCGAUGGAGAAGCAAAUGACUACGCAAAAGGAAGUUGAAAAGAAGCGCCCAGCAGAAAAGGAAAUUGCCAAGCCCACCCGAUCUAGCCCCCGAAGGGCGAAGCCUCAAGACCAAGACCCAGCGUCUCUGCCGAGGCCCGCCGGGCCAGGACCCGCUAUCCGAAACCGCGAACUCAAGCGACCGGCGCGCCCGGCCAAAGAUGCGGUGCCCAAGUCCAAGGCGGCGCCUAUGGUUAUCAAGGUGAAUAUGGGCCCGCACCACUCCCAAUAUCACCCAUCCAACAACGCGCUUUCGGCCAACCUGCACGAAUCGCUAGUGGCUGCUGUACCGCAGCCGCAACUUAGCAGCAAACCAAGCCAGAGCAAGCUCAAGUCGAAGAGUUCAGUGCAAAGCCUCAAGAGCUCUGUGUCGUCAAGCGGGAGGCCCAAGGCUCUAGAACUAGCGGCGAAACGCAAGGAGCAAGAGGAACGCGAGGCACAGCGCAAACGCGAGGCGCGGGCGGAGCUGGAGCGUAAGAGGGCGGCUCAACAGGAAGAGGAUCGGCGUAUCGAGGCAGAGAAGAAGAUGGCCAAGGAAAGGGAGGCAGAGGCGAAAAAGGCAGCGCAGAGGCAGGCAGCGAUCGAGAAGGCCAAGCAGACGCGGGCGCCGCCUCCAGCCGUCCGCGCCCAACCUAACGGGCCACCAGAGUACGUAGCGCCGCCGGAGCAGCAACAGCAACAACAACCGCAAGCUGUCUCGCGGCCUCCUUCGCGCCUAGGAUCGUCCGUCUUCCGAUCUCAGGAGGACCUUAACCGGCCCGUCAAUACGCUCCUCUCGAACGCGAACAAGAGCCAGAAGCGACCUCUGGGACAGGACAAUGACGGUGGCAAUGCACGAGCGGCACCAGCGCGUAGUGGACCCACGUACCAGGGACAGGAUGCCAAGCGGCGCAGGACAAGCCAAGAGUUCGAAGAGGACAAGGACGUGAAGACGGUCUCCAACAUCAAGGGGCCGCCUGUCCGUCCUUCGGCAGGGUACAAGAAGGUGGAGGCUCCAACAAAGCCCGUGUUUAACAACGGAUACUCAGCGGCACCUACGGGAGCGUCCCGAGACCUCUUCAAGACGACGGUGACGUCGCAGCAUAACAGCGCCAUGAAGGCGGCGCAUCCCCUGGACAUGGCACAGUUCUCCAAGGGAGCCAUCCCAUUCGCGCCCAACCCCGGCCAGGCCGGAACGGCUUACAAGACGCCGGCUAGACAAGGCCAGGUGGCCAACGUCAAGUCAACGGCCAAGUCGGGUCCGCGAACAUCACCUCGAUUUCCCAAUGGGGACUCGAUUGAGCUGCCCGAGAUCGACACGGACGACGAGGAUGAAGAUUCGGAUGCAGACCAGGGGAUGGUGGCAUCGUGGGCGGAUUCACCAGAUCUCCGACGGGCGCUUCUGAGGCAAGAGACGAUGGACCCAUCUCACAUCUUUGGGCCACCGGCUCCGCUUAACAUGGAAGAGGUGUUCAACAAGAGCAAAGAUAGGUGGCAUAAGUUUAGGGCGCGAACGUCGAGCGCCAACUGGAGCGGAGCUGAUCGGCUGACGGAGGAUGAUAUCCGAAAGGAUUUGGCAGCGCGCGAUCGUCUCCGACGAGAGGGAGCGUGGACGUAUGAGUUGAGCAAGGACAUGGCAUAG